AUGACCAACCACCACCACCACAAGACCAUCCACCACCACCGCACAACCAUCAACCACCAUCACACGACCAACAACCACAACACUACCAAUCACCACCACACGACCAACCACCACUACAACACGACCAACCAUCACCACCGCACGACCAACAAAUUCCACACGACCAACCACCAACACACGACCAACCAUCACCACACGACAAACAACCACCACACGACCAACCAUCACCAAACAAACAACCACCACCACACGAUUAACAACCACGACACGACAAACCACCACCACACAACCAACCACCACCAAACGACCAACCAACACCACCACACGACCAACCAACACCACCACACGAACAACCACCACCACCACUCGAACAACCACCACCACACGACCAUUCAUCACAAACAAAUUAACAACCACCAACACACGACAAACCACCACCACAACUCCCUAAAAAUAGGCCCCAGCUGGGAACCCACACCAAAGACCUUCAGACUGAUACCAGUGGAAAACAAAAAUGGUAAUGGCACACAGUUUAUCGAUGACGUCGGAAAUGAUUUACAAGACAACAAGGAAAAAAGUGUUGGAAGGUGUGAACCAAUAAAAGUCGGCCUAUGUAAGGAUUUACCGUAUAACGAUACUCGAAUGCCAAAUUUUAUGAACCACACAAAUCAGGAGGACGCUGGGAUGGAGGCUCAGCAAUUCUUUCCGCUGGUCAAAGUACAGUGCAGUAAACAUCUGAAACUUUUGCUGUGCACCUUGUAUGCUCCGAUGUGCACAGAACAUCCGGACCCCAUCCCACCGUGCCGUAGUCUGUGCGUGGAGGCCCGAACCCCAUGCGAAAAGCUGAUGAACAAAUUCGGGUUUGAGUGGCCAGAUAACUUAAACUGUGAUCGAUUUCCAGAGAAUGGUAUUUGUAUUGGAGAAGAUACGACUGAUCGUCAAAUAAUGACUACCAAGCCAGUACUAGGAAAUGAUUUACAAAACAACAAGGAAAAAAGUGUUGGAAGGUGUGAGCCAAUAAAAGUCGGCAUAUGUAAGGAUUUACCGUACAACGAGACUCGUAUGCCAAAUUUUAUGAACCACACAAAUCAGGAGGACGCUGAGAUGGAGGCUCAGCAAUUCUUUCCGCUGGUCAAAGUACAGUGCAGUAAACAUCUGAAACUUUUGCUGUGCACCUUGUAUGCUCCGAUGUGCACAGAACAUCCGGACCCCAUCCCACCGUGCCGUAGUCUGUGCGUGGAGGCCCGAACCCCAUGCGAAAAGCUGAUGAACAAAUUCGGGUUUGAGUGGCCAGAUAACUUAAACUGUGAUCGAUUUCCGGAUAAUGGUCUUUGUAUUGGAGAAGAUACGACUGAUCGUCAAAUAAUGACUACCAAGCCAGUACUAGGAAAUGAUUUACAAAACAACAAGGAAAAAAGUGUUGGAAGGUGUGAACCAAUAAAAGUCGGCCUAUGUAAGGAUUUACCGUACAACGAGACUCGUAUGCCAAAUUUUAUGAACCACACAAAUCAGGAGGACGCUGGGAUGGAGGCUCAGCAAUUCUUUCCGCUGGUCAAAGUACAGUGCAGUAAACAUUUGAAACUUUUGCUGUGCACCUUGUAUGCUCCGAUGUGCACAGAACAUCCGGACCCCAUCCCACCGUGCCGUAGUCUGUGCGUGGAGGCCCGAACCCCAUGCGAAAAGCUGAUGAACAAAUUCGGGUUUGAGUGGCCCGAUAACUUAAACUGUGAUCGAUUUCCAGAGAAUGGUCUUUGCAUUGGAGAAGAUACGACUGAUCGUCAAAUAAUGACUACCAAGCCAGAACUAGGUGACUAAAUAUGCAUUACCAUACCAUUGUCUAACCCUCCAGUUGCCAAACGAUGUCAUUGUUUGUCGCGAACAAUUACCAUAUUCCUUACGAUGAAAAUGAUAUCUAACCUAAAACCUUAAUGACCAGAUAUAUCGUAAUUAUUUGCGUCAAACAACGACGAAUCGCACAGAUAGUGUGACAUAAUUUGGGAUCACUCUGGGAAAACACAGCUUAAUGCUUGUGUGUAGAGUAUUGCCCCAGAUUAGCCUGUGCAAUCAACACAUGCUUAUCAGUGAAGACACUUUCCUCUUUUACUUAAUGUAUCGUUUGAAGGAAGUAUCCUGUAAAGCAAAUAAAAAUCCUGUUUUGGCAGAAAUUGUUGUCUCCGAUUUGCCUGUACUGACUGCACAGGCUAAUCUGAGACAACACUUAAUGCACAUUGUUUUAACCCCGUUUUCCCAGAGGGCCGCUCAAUUUUAUUUGCAUGCUUUUCGACACUUUACCCAGAUUCCGUCAAUCAUAAAUUACAGACAAUCAUUGACAACAUCGUUACAGUGUGGCACGAUCUGCAGAUUUAUGUCAUCCCACAAGUUAAUAAGAAAUAUGCAUGUCUCAAGUAUGCAUGAAAAGGAGGAAAAAUAAACAUGCCAGAUAAUCAAAAAGUUAUUAUUGUGAGAAAUUCAUUAGAGUUAGGAACACGA